AUGCGGCGUCGCAUGGGCAUCCCAGUCGCGUCGGCGCAGGGGCCUACCACCAUACAACCCGGCACUACCAAUGCUUCCAUCUUUUUGGCGUCAACGAGCGCGGUCUUGAACUCGGAAGCGGCGCAAGAUCUCGACAUCCCUCAAUCGGCUUCGUCGUCAAGCACCGACUUUUCGCCGAGCUCAGAUCGGCGAACGUUACAUGGGGAUGACCGACUUCCAGCCUCGGGUUCGAUGGACGCCGUAGCUACUCCAAACCAAGAUAAUCAGGAUAGCGACGAUUCGGAUGCGUUUGAGGAGCCGAGCAUGGUGCGCGACAGUGAUGAUGACGACGGAUUCGACGAUGACCGAGCUUCGGACAUCCCCGCCACCCGCAUGGGUCUCAGGGACUCGAUGAUGGGAUCUGCUCCUCCGGAAGGUCUUGGCAUCGGGAUGGACGAUGCGCAGGACUUUAGUGCCUCGAACGAGCCAUUGGCCGGUCGUCUCAGACGGUGUCAGGCCAUGACCGGCUCACUCGAUGUUGGGCUUCAAUCGUACUCAAUGCAAGACCCAUUCGUCGCUGCGAUCGAGGGGAGAUCUACCAGGCAUUCCCAUGUUGCUUCCGUAGAAGGUCUCGCAACGCAACAGCAAGACUCGAACUCGACCUCAGACCUGUCGACCGCCUCCUCAUCAACGCGCCACCGUGGCACAUACUUAAGCGUAGCCAGCGGUCCGUUGGCCAGGUAUGCAAGUGAGGGCCCUUCGCGGCCACAGGUAUGUCUUGACGAUCAAUGAUGUUCCCCUCAUCCUCCGACCGUCUGGUCUGAUCGUGGUACUUUCCAUCCAAGCAGUCGUCGAUCCGCAGCAGCCCAAAGUCGUUCUUCUCGAGCCUGUUGAGUCGAUCGCCUCGCUCCGUCAGUCGAUCCCAGGGCUCCGUCCCAGAUUCAAUUGAGUCAGCUUCUGGGUCUGGGUCCACGUCUCGCUCUCCUCAAUUAUCGACUCCGCCUCGCCGAUCUCGGCAUUCCGUCGAGGGCUUUUCGACCAGUAGCUCACCUCAACCGAACGAAUAUUCGCCGAGCGCCUCGAGCCCCGACCUCGUGGAUUGCUCACACUUGACCGAAUCUACGACUCCGACUGAUCCGAGGACAUUGCUCACGUCCAGUGCUGCCAAGGGGAGUAAUGGCUCAGAUGCGACGGCACCGAGCCAGAGCCCUCCUCAACGCCGUACCCCACUUUUGGCCGCAGUUGCAUCCUUCACCCGGAGCGCUUCCAUGAUGAUAAGAGCCGAUUCAAGCCCUAGCUCACCGCCAACACAUUCGAACUUGACGCCGGCAGGGGUUACCUCGAUUUCGGGGAGUGGAGCCAUCAGCACGGGGCGUACACCGGAGCCGACGGCCCGCGUCUUCUCGGCUCCACCACAACGAUCAUCCGAAAACUUAUCCAAGCUCAAUGGCUCAGCGACCGAGACCGAAGUGACGCCGACCCUCGAGUCAAUUGGGCUAGGGCUCGCUUCGCUCACACAAUCGUUGUCGACUUCGAGGCAUGCUCAACCGCUCUGCGGAGCCAUUUUGGAUGACAAAUACUUGCUUAUUGGUGAGAUUUUUUUGAUUUUUUUUUCCCCAGUGAGCUCGCGGUAGGAUAUUAACCUGACUUGUCUUUCCGGGUCCUAGGAACGACGGCUGGCCUUGAAUUUCUUCCGCUGCCGGUCCCCGGAGGCGUUGCGCAAAAUGUUGAAGGCGGCAGACUGUCCAAGAACACACGCAAGCCGAUCCAACUCAUCAAAAAGACGCGCUUCAAGGAGCUCACCGUGCUGAGCGAAAGGAGCAACAUCCUACUCGCCAUCGCGGGCCGCAAUGAUCAUGUUCGAGUGUACGCUCUAGAAGGCAUUCGUGCGAUGAUCAACCGGGCGAUGGCGACGUUGGAUGUGCAGGACGGUUAUGCAUUCUCGAACGGGAAGAGCGUAGAAAGCGCAGAGUUGCUGGCACAGGACGAUCCGAAAGGCAAAGGGCGAGCGACGUCGGGCUCACUGCCUCAGCCGGCACAGGCUUUCCGUUUUCCCGCACGUGCCCCUGCUCCCAUCACGGUACCGCCGCCUCCCGAGUACUCGUCCCUGCACACUGCGUCAAACAUGCCGGCUCCCUCCCCAACGCGGCCGCCCCAUCGUCGACAGGCUUCGCUCACGACUCGACCUGGCCUGCGUCACAGCAGCUCAUCUAGCAUCGUGCGCGCCGUUCCGAUGAAUCCUCGACUCGUUUCGUACCAUGGACCUUCCACUUCGGGGCCGACGAACGCCAACGCACUCAACGCCUUUGCUUCUUCGACGACCAACGCCCAUGCCUCGGCGCGCUCAUUGCGGGGAUCUAGGUCUCGCGAAUUCGUGGCGAGUCGACGCAACUCGACUGCGACGAUUGUCUCGAAGCGCCGAUCAAGGGGCGAUUUGAACCGGUACUCUAUGUCUUCGCUGAACGGGGAGCGCUUGAACAGUUCGGAUGCUGGACCUUCUUGGGAUGAGUCGGUGUCGGGGCUGACGUCCCCCUUGGGAAACGCUGCGAGCGCGGACGUCAACCAGGGUCAGGGUAAUCAAGAUCAAAGUGGUCGGUGGGAGUCGUCCACCAGCGCAUCCGACUCUCCUUCUUCGCAUUCCACGAAUGGGAUUAGUUCGAGAAGUCUGUCGACCACGGCCACUGAGCCCGAUGCGCUUCCGACAGAUUCGGGACAUUCAGCUCAAGCGUCACCAGAAGUGGAAGUGGAGCCUGGUCCCAAGCCCGCUAUGCCUACGUCCGACAUAGAAUCGGACAACGCGCAACGAGAUGGUUGGAUCGACGGGACGCGCAUGACGGCGAUCAAGAAGAUCGUGCCGAGGGAGCCGACGAUACCUCGCAUCGCUCCUGGCCAAGUUUCUCCUUCGAUGAUGCUCGCGGAGUUCUUCCGCGACUCGGAGCCACCUAUAGAGACGCAAGACCUCGAAGUGCCGCACGACUUUGACUCGAAUCGUACGUCAUCAGACUCCCUCGCUGCAAGACGUAAUUCGGCGUUACCCAGCCUCCCGGACGGGGACGGGGAUGAUCCCCCUCAAAUGCGCGAUCGCGAUGGGGACGCGGAAUCACGCGGUGGUGAAUUGCUCUCAGGUUGUUCGUCCUCGUCAAGUGGAUCGGCGCUGUCGCACGUUUCGGAGUCAAGGGUGCCGCCGCGUCGGAUGAUUGCGCGAGACGCCAAGACGACUGUGCGACCCGACAAUGGUGAUGAUGGGCCGACUGAAGCCAUGCGCGGGGUCACACUAGCCGAGAUCAUCCGUGACGACCCACCACCACCAACAAAGUGCACUAUGCUUCCAACUUCAACUUCGGUUCCGAAUGGACUGUUGACCGCUCCGUCUCCUUCGACGUCCGGAAGCGGUGCGCGAGCGAGCAAAAGAUGGUCGAUGGGCAACGUUGGCUCGAGGCUGCUCAGUCGACCCAGCACUAGCAACGUCGACGGCUCAGGUUCUUCCUCGCAGUCCACUCGUGAGAGUGCGCUCGCUGCCGCAUCAAGCGGUCCCUUGCUGUCGACCUCCACGCCCUGGAUGGCCCCUAGAUCAGCUUCCGCGCCCGUUCUGGCCGACAACUCUGACGGAGACCGGCCUCUUCCGCCUCGGCCUUCCAUUUCCGAGACGGUGGCUUCUUCGUCGACGAUCGACAACAAGCGUCGCAGCCGGCCGAACACUCUUGAACCGCCUAUCCUGAAGGUGCCUCAGUCUAGCCGAGUGCCAAGCGAUGCCCAUCCGGCAAAUGUGAGUCGUUCUACCUGUUCGAUGUCCAGCACAUCCGCGGAAAUGAUUCCAACAAUAUAUUACGUUACAGGCCUCCAGUCCGUUGGACUAUGUCAAGCUAGCUCGAACCAAAGGCGCUCGUCUGCUCCGGGCUGUCGAGACGAAGAAACGGACCUAUCUCGCAGUACUUGGAGGUGAUGAGGGCGACCGCAUAGAGCUCUUCACUGGCUCGCGUGGUAUCUCGCUCUCGCUCAACCGCACUUUCGUCCUCCCUGAACGCCCUCGUACGAUCGAGUUUCAGCUUCAGGGUGAUGAUUUGGUUGAUAUCUGUCUGUCCUACCUCCUCAUGCUCCCUCUUCACGUCGGUUUGCUCGGUGUAGCUGACACAACGUGCGCUCCUGGCAGAUCUCAUCUACUCCGACUCCAUUUUCGCUCUUGAACCGGCGACCGUGCGAGUACGGGAGGUCGGUGUGGGUCGAGGAGAGCGUCGAGCGCGCCGUGAGCGGGAAAGGCGCAUUCGAGAUCUGGCAGCAUCGGCGUCCGAACCUGUCGAAGGCGCGGACUUGGGCGAGCGUCCGCUCGACCCGUCGCUCACCCCGCAUCCAGCUGAAUCGGUGUCCCGGCGGACGCCGACACCCGACAGCGGGCGCGACGAAUCAUCCACAACAUCGCCGGACACGCCCCAAGCCGCCAUGUCCGCUGGAAACUCAUCCUCUGGCACCCCUUCGGGUAUACCUCCGCCUCCGCACCUCCCGCUGGGUCCCAAUGGCGACAAUUCGGACACCCCAUCGUCAUUGUCAACGCCCACGAUGGUUGACAGCCCGCUCGACCCCGACGACCCUUCGACGAUUGGAUCUCGCCUCAAUGCCAAGUUCAUCAACGCGCCUUACACCACGUUCCAGCAGCUGCCGUUCAUACCUCCGGUCCCUUCGUCGAUCUUGGCCUCGGCUUGGACCAUUCCACCCCUCUACACCGAUGUCAUUGGAGCAGAUGCCGACGCCGAUGCCGGUGCCAUGGACGAUGCCGAUGCCAAUGUGGCGAUGCCGGAUCCUCCCUUCUCGAUCCCGACGGCCGUGUACUCAAACAAGGCUUUCAGCACCGGUGCUUCGCGCAUCGAGCCUCCCUUGCUUUCGCCCAUCUCCUUGCUAGGGCCUGCGGCGCACCGCUCGCAAGGCCCACCCGGCUUGUUCUUUGUCACCAAAGGCUCGAACCUUUCGGGCAUUGUCACCGCAGAAGGAAAAUCGGGUAGGUUCCCUGGUGGUAUCUGUUGGCUGUGAUCUUGGUCCACAUCAGUGUAGCUGACAUGGUCGUUACUCCCGCGCAGUGAUCAAACGACCUUUGGUUUGGAGCGAAACAGCGAUCAGCCCGGAUCCCGAACAAGCGAGCUUUGUCGAGCCCAACCGGGUCGAGAUGCUCAUUUGCAAGCGAUCCAGAACGGUCAUCAUCAACCUCGCCCGCUCGGGGAUCCACGCGAUCGCCGUCGCAGGACAAGAACGACACGAAGAUUAUUUUGGGGAAACGCUCUCGGUCGCUCCUGCGUCGGGUUCGAGCGGGAACAGUUUGAAGGAGAUCGCGUGGCUCGGGACGCAUGCCUCGAGCCAGCUCUUCUUUGCCGAGCGAGUCGGGUCCAGUUUUGUUAUCAAGUGCUUGUACGCCAGGCAUUAA